GUGUGGUCACGUACAGAGCAGGACGUCUAUAGAAGAAGUGAUCCGCUUUGCUGCGGAAGAGAAGCUCUUCAUACUGGCGGAUGAGGUGUACCAGGACUGUGUGUUUGCAGACGAGGCUGACUUUGUUUCCUAUAAGAAGGUGUUAUCAGAGAUGGAGUCUCCUAUCAGCAGCACUGUAGAGCUGGCCUCCUUUCACUCGGCGUCCAAGGGCUUCAUGGGAGAAUGUGGUCUUCGUGGAGGUUAUGUGGAGCUGGUGAACGUGGAUCCGGCGGUGCAGAGAUAUAUUCGGACUCUAUUCUCCACUCGCUCCUGCCCUCCGGUUCCUGGACAAAUCGCAAUCCAGCUCAUGGUAGAUCCUCCCAAACCCGGAGAUCCUUCAUUCCCUGCAUUCACCGAGGAGGUUCAGUCCAUCAGAGAUGUUGUGUGCAGAAACGUGCGGCUGAUCCAGGAGGUGUGCAGGGAGCUGCCGGGAGUGCGCUGUCAGCCGCUGAAGGCAGGCUUUUUUGUCUACCCGCGUCUCCAGAUCCCUCCAAAGGCAAUAAAAUGGGCAAAGGAGCACCAGAUGAAGGCAGAUAUGCUGUACUGUAUGCGUCUGCUGGAGGAAGAAGGUCUGCAUGUGAGACCCGGCUGUGAAUAUGGACAGGCAGAAGACACCUACCACAUCAGGCUGUUUGUGGGAACUCGAGCAGACACCAUGGAGGCCGCUCUGCGGAGACUGAAGACCUUCCACACACGCUUCCUGGAGGACUUCUCUUAGGUCAUUCAUCACAGCUCAGAUGAUGAGACUGCUUUCACAAUAAAAGGAAAUAUGCAAACAGAUGAAGACUAAAUGAGCAGCCCUCCUGCGAAAUACAUGUUCAGCAUAUUCAGAUAUUUCCCCCAGUCAGAAUCUGCACUGCUCUAAUGCUGUUCUGACUCUGAGUCUGUGUCUGUUUCUCGUCCAGAUAUAUUAAAACUCUUAAAUCAAGAACAUAUAGUGUUGUUUUCAGAAAUAGAGUCAAAAUGAAGUGAGUUUUCCAUUAAAACGAGCAAAAUAAUCUGAUAAUAGAGGAAGGAAAAAUAAUGUAGUUUUUGAUUUCGAGAUGAGAUUACUCCUCUCACCCUAUUGUCAGAUUAUUUUGCUUGUUUAAAGGUAAAACUCACUUCUUUUGACUCAUUAUUUCUGAAAACAACACUAUACUGUUGUCAAAAUGCUGAAAUAUCUCUCCAUUGAACAACCCUUGGGAAAUAAGUGAAGAUGAAUGAAGCGUUCAGAUGAGGGCUGAGACAGAUGAUGAACUGUUUGAUUCAGACUUGAAUGUUAUCAGUGUAUAAUAGCAGUGUAUUGCUUUUUAAAAUUUGAUAAUGAAUGAAUUAAGAAUUGAUUUGAGGGGAAACAAUCAUGUUUAUCCUCCAUUUUGAUUUUCAGAAAUCAAUGUAAACGAGUGUAAACUGAGGUUAUGGUCAGGCACAUUAAAAUGAAGAGUGAUUUGAUGACAUAUUGAUCAACUAAA